CAGUUACAUUUAAUAAUAAUAUUCAUUUAUAGUUACAUUUAAUAAUAAGAUGCUAUAAUGUAUCUUAUGACGCUAUAAGAUACUAUAAUGAUGAUUGUUUAGAUUCCUUCAUGAACUCCUGUUUUUUGUAACUAGAUUAUAUGUUUGCACGUACGAUAUUUCCUCAUUUUUAAAAAUGUAAAAAUGCAUGACGUGUGGUGUGAUAUGAAGUGGUGAAGCUUACGCAAGUCAACACACACUUACAAAUUUACAAAGUCAAGUGUGACAGUUUGAAUUCAUUUGAAAGUGUCUCUGCUGCAUUUCGCUCACAUACUUCACACACACGUUUGGUGUGAGCAGCUUUCUCACAGAGACAGAAGGGGAAGUGGACGUGGCUUCACUUUCUGGUUGAGACAGAACUGGGUGUGUCAGAGAUUGUGACAGACUUUUAAGCGAGCCUUUGAAAGAACAGGAGCUUUAAUAUCUUUCUGAAGUGGAGUUGGUGUGGAGAUCUGGGAGUGUGAACUCAGGAUGAAGAUCCUCCUCAUCUUCACCCUCUGUCUGAUCUCAGAUGGAGGAGACUCCAAGGAAGUAACAGGAUAUUCAGGAGGAGGAGUCCUUAUCAAGUGCAAGUAUCAUACAGAAUACAGAGAAAACCAAAAAUAUUUCUGUAAGGAUUCAUGGACAGACUGUUUGGAACAAAUGAAGACAGGAGCUAAAAACAAGUGGAUAAAUUCAGGAAGAUUCUCACUGUUUGAUGACACCAAAUCAGCAGAGUUCAGUGUGAUGAUCAGAGAGCUCACUGUAGAGGACACUGGGGCGUACCACUGUGGAGUUGAUAGAGGUUUAAUGAUGGACAUUUACAUACCGGUGGAGCUGACGGUAAAGGAAGAUCUGUCCUAUGAGAAGUCCAUCAGUAAGACUGUCCAUGUAGGAGGAGAUCUGAAUAUCAGCUGUAAAUACCCAGAAUCCCUCAGGAGUGACCCCAAGUUUCUCUGCAAGACGAGGCUGCAAAGUGCUCCUUGUUCUUAUAAAGAAUCUGUUAAAGAAAGUAGAAAAUAUGUAAAUGAGGGGAAAUUCUCCUUGUAUGAUGACGGAGAAACACAAAUGUUGACUGUGAGUAUUAGAAAUGUAACUGAGCAGGACUCUGCUGAACACUGGUGUGGAGCUGAAGCAGCCUGGACAUCUGAUCAUGGAUACAAGGUUUAUUUCACACAGAUCCACCUGACAGUUACUGAUCCACAUGUCCCUGAUUCAGCAUCAGUGACAACAAAAUAUUCAUUAACAUCUUUACCAACAUCAUCAUCAUCAUCACUGUCUACGCCAACUUCUCUUAAAAGAGGAUUUCCAGCUUUCACUGUCAUCACUGUGUCUGUAAUUCUGCUGCUGCUUCUGAUUGGAGUCAUAUUCCUCAUUGUGAUUCUACAUAAGAGACGCAGGAUGCAAAGCCCAGGAACAAUGACACCAACUUACAGAGAGACAAAUGGAGAUUAUGAAAAUGAUCCAAAUGUGCUUCAUUUCCAGUCAAGACAAAUGACCAACCAAUCAGAUUCAGUCUACCAAAGUCUGAACCCCAACACCAAUCAAUCAGAUUCAGUCUACCAAAAUGGCAGCAGCAGCAUCAGACCAACUCACAAUAAACACUUUAACUCUAUUGAUCACUGCUGUAACUCUCCACCUGUGGACUCAGAGCUGUGUUUUAAAAGAAGAUAA